UCACAUUUGUCUUCAUCAGCAAAACAAUGACAUGGACUGAAGCUCAGAGCUACUGCAGAGCAAACCACACAGACCUGGCCAGUGUGAGAAACAUGGAGGAAAACCAGAAGAUAAUGGAGCUGCUACCUUCAAGACAAGAUAUCUGGAUCGGCCUUUUCAGAGACUCCUGGAAGUGGUCGGAUGGAAGUAACUCCUCAUUUAGGUACUGGAUCACAGGUGAACCUAAUGAGGGCACAGAGAACUGUGUGGCAGCAAACUUCCACAAGUCUGGAAAAUGGGAGGACCAGCACUGUGGUCAGAGGAGAGCAUUUAUCUGCUACAGUCCACCUGUCUCAAAGAAAGUGGUGAGAGUGAGGCUCAUGAAGAAAAGCUCCUCUCUGGAUCUGAAUGACCCUGCUGUGAUGGAAGACAUCUUGAGGGAGCUCAAACAGAAGCUGAAGGACAAGGGAGUGGACGGAGACGUCAAACUGAGCUGGAGGAAGCAGUCGGAUGGAAAGGUCUUCCACAAGGAAAAGGAGACUGAGAAGAAAACCACUAAGAAAAGAGAUGAGCUUUAAUGUUUGAAUUCUGUCAGUUUCCAUUUCCAUUCUCUUCAUCCUGGUAAAAGAAUAGUUUUAUCAAAACAUAUUUAGCUGUUUUCUUUCGAGAAUUUGCAUGAUGAUUUUGAAUUAUACAGAUAAUUUUCAUAUGUCCUAUUUCUGACCUUACCUUAUUGGUAAUAUACGUUGUAAAAGUCAUUCAGUUUCAAUUCAAAUGUCAGUUUCCAUGAAAGAUUUUCUUUUUCUUUAUCUUUAGGGAUAAUGUUUGUCAAAACAUAUUUGUCAUUGUAUAAUUUGCAUGUGUGCAUGUUUUUCUAUGUGUUAAUCUGCACACUCAGUUUUAGCCAUCCAUGCCCACAGAUUUGAAAAGAAGGCAGUGUAUCACAGAUUCCUUGAGAAAAUUAAAAAUGAUUAUUUGCACAUUUAGACAGUUACACAGUUUACAAAACAAUGCACAAAAUGACACUGUCAUGCACAAGACGUUUAAAGGUGCUAUAUCUAGUUUUUGUUGGAUUAUUGGUGAAAUAUGAACCUAUUACAUGUCAUACCCACGGUCCGUCUGGUGGAGGACUGUGCUUAAGGUUUCCAUUUAGACUUAAAACUCUGUUUAAUGAAGCAUCAAGCGUGAAAACAAUAGUAUCACUGUGUAACAGGGCUUAUGCUUAAUAUUAACAUUGGACUGAUUUGCAAAUACUGCACAUAUAAUACAGCCAAUAUUUAUUAUAUUGUUCAUAUUAUACAGCUGCAUUUAUUAUAUAGUAUAAAUUAUAUUGUGCUGCACUCAUACAACAUUGUGAUGUUAUUUAAA